GAUGAGAGACAAGUGAGCUUCAACUACUACUAAGUACUGCUUAAGAGAGAUAUGGCUGCCAAUUACAACGAGAAGCUUCUUCUCAAUUAUGUUCCCGUUUACGUUAUGCUUCCGUUGGGAGUGGUGAAUGUGGAAAACGUAGUUACGGAUCCAGAAACGCUUGAAACGCAGCUUAAACGUCUCAAAGAAGAAGCUGGCAUUGAUGGCGUGAUGGUCGACGUUUGGUGGGGAAUCAUAGAAUCAAAAGGUCCCAAACAAUACGAUUGGACCGCGUACAAAACGCUAUUCCACCUAAUCGCGCGUUUGGGACUCAAAAUCCAAGCAAUCAUGUCCUUUCACCAAUGUGGUGGAAACGUUGGUGACAUUGUCACAAUCCCUAUCCCGAAAUGGGUUCGUGAUGUAGGAGAUACCGACCCUGAUAUCUACUACACUAACCGUAAAGGAACUAGAGACAUCGAGUAUCUCUCUAUCGGUGUCGAUAAUGUUCCUCUUUUCGCUGGAAGAACCGCUGUUCAGAUGUAUAGUGAUUACAUGAGUAGCUUUAAAGAAAACAUGGCGGAUUUGAUAGAAGCUGGUGUGAUUGUUGACAUUGAAGUUGGACUUGGUCCUGCUGGUGAACUUCGUUAUCCUUCUUACCCUCAGAGCCAAGGUUGGGUAUUUCCAGGCAUCGGAGAAUUCCAGUGUUAUGACAAGUACUUGAAGAAAGAUUUCAAGGAAGCUGCGGCCAAAGCUGGCCACCCUGAGUGGGAUUUGCCUGAGGACGCUGGAGAAUACAAUGACAAGCCGGAAGAAACUGGAUUUUUCAAGAGGAAUGGUACUUAUGUGUCGGAGGAGGGGAAGUUUUUCUUGACGUGGUACUCGAACAAACUUAUCUUUCAUGGAGAUCAGAUCUUAGGAGAAGCAAACAAGAUCUUUGCUGGACUGAAACUUAACUUGGCUGCCAAGGUUUCUGGAAUUCACUGGUUGUACAACCAUCACAGCCAUGCGGCAGAGUUAACUGCUGGAUAUUACAACCUUUUCAAGAGAGAUGGUUACCGUCCUAUCGCUCGAAUGCUCUCAAAACACUACGGCAUUCUCAACUUCACUUGCCUUGAGAUGAAAGAUACCGACAAUACCGCUGAAGCCCUAAGUGCUCCUCAAGAACUUGUUCAAGAGGUACUGAGCAAAGCAUGGAAAGAAGGUAUAGAAGUUGCGGGUGAGAACGCAUUGGAGACGUAUGGUGCCAAAGGUUACAACCAGAUUCUUCUUAACGCUAGGCCUAAUGGUAUUAACCCGAACGGUAAACCAAAGCUGAGAAUGUACGGAUUUACUUACCUUCGUUUGUCCGAUACGGUCUUUCAAGAAAACAACUUUGAGCUGUUCAAGAAGUUGGUGAAGAAAAUGCACGCUGAUCAAGAUUAUUGUGGAGACGCAGCCAAGUACGGGCAUGAGAUAGUGCCGUUGAAACCGCAUUCGCAGCUGAAGGUGGAGGAUAUCGCCGACGCGGCUCAGCCAAGUGGAGCAUUUAAGUGGGACUCUGAAACCGACAUGAAGGUCGACGGUUGAUCCACUUAAUCAUCAGCUCCUCUGAAACAGCUAUUUAUAUAUGGUCGGUCGACUAUUCUAUGAAAUGAAAUGAGAAUAAGACUAUAAGAGGCGUUUGAGUCCUUUUUUAUUAGUCAACUGCGAAAAUAAAAACGCCGGUUAUUACUUAAUUAGUCGUCUGAGUCAGUGAGUUGUGUCGUGUGUUUUGGGUUGCCUGAAGAAAUAAAACGAUUUUCUAUUUGUGAAAUGUGAACUGUUUGUUAUUUCUUGUAAAAUUGUUCUGUAAUAAAAAAAUUAUUGAGAGAUACAUUAUAAGAUAAAUAGAUAAGUCUUA